UUGUAGCUACUCAGUACGUGAUAGUUUGACUUUUGUUAAUUCUUUAUAAAGUGUCUAACGGCUCGCUAUUGCAAGAGAGCGACAACUAGUCCGAUUACGUGAACAAUGUCAAUAUCACGUGUAUGGCUUUUGUACUGUGCUGUACUGGUCCAACUCGACAUGAUCAUACCUGCAUCUGGAAACAAGUGUGGCCCUGCAGAGUACAAAUCUAACACUGGUCAGUGCUGUCCAAUGUGUGGAAAAGGUUUAGUUGUCCGCAAGGACUGUACAUUUGAGUCCAGCACGUCCUGCAUACCCUGUAUAGGACAGACCUACAUGAAUGCAGCUAACGGCUUGGACAAGUGCUUUCCCUGCAGUCCUUGUGAUCCAGGACACGGUCUGUUCAAUUUGGUGACGUGUACUACUACAAGUAACUCUAUUUGUCAUGUUCUAAAUGGAUAUUAUUGUACCAGCUUCUUAGCUGGCAACGAGUGCACCUUUGCGCUAAGACAAACACUUUGCUCACCUGGACAGAGAGUUAAAGUACCGGGAACAAAGACAACAGAUACCAUGUGUGAGGAGUGUCAGCAUGGCUUUUACUCACAACAUGGUGUGAACUGCACUGCUUGGACUGAUUGUAAAGCCAUUGGACAAUACAAGAUUGAAGAUGGAAGUCAAACAAGAGAUGUUGUUUGCAGAAAAUCUGCGGAAUCUCUAAGGAAUAGAGUCAUGGUCUUAGUUCCAUCUUCAGUUUUCCUUUUUGUAGUCAUUAUUUUUGGUUAUUUGUAUGUAACUGAAGGUAAAGAAACUAAAGGAAAUGAACUAUCUCCUAAGCUUCCUGUAGAGGAAACCGGUUUUCACGAACGUUCACUAGUGGCGGACGAAGAGCUUCAUAGUGGAAACUAUACCUCAACUGUGACAACUGGCCAAGGACGACAGAGCAAGGACUCUGACGAGGAAUAUUGACCAGAUCAUUUUAAAACCUAAUUGGCUACAGUUUAUUCAGAUAGUAUUCAGACCCCUCCAACCUUUUCCACAUUUUUUUAUGUUACAGCCUUCUUAAAUGUAUUCAAAAAAAA